AUGUCUCGAACAAACCCUCCGAACCCUGCGGGUUCCCGCAAGAUCUCCUUCAACGUCAGCGAGCAAUACGAUAUCCAAGAUGUUGUUGGUGAAGGCGCUUAUGGCGUGGUGUGCCAGAAAGUUGCCAUCAAGAAAAUCACACCUUUCGAUCACUCCAUGUUUUGCCUGAGAACACUUCGUGAGAUGAAGCUCCUACGAUACUUCAACCAUGAGAAUAUCAUAUCUAUUCUAGACAUUCAAAAGCCUCGGAGUUAUGAGACAUUCAACGAGGUGUAUCUGAUCCAGGAACUGAUGGAGACUGAUAUGCACCGUGUGAUUCGCACUCAAGAUCUCUCAGACGAUCAUUGCCAAUACUUCAUCUACCAGACUCUGCGUGCUCUCAAGGCCAUGCAUUCCGCCAAUGUGCUCCACCGAGAUCUCAAGCCAUCCAACCUCCUGCUCAACGCUAAUUGCGAUCUGAAAGUCUGCGAUUUCGGCUUGGCUCGUUCUGCUGCGUCUCAGGAGGACAACUCUGGCUUCAUGACAGAAUAUGUGGCUACCCGAUGGUACCGUGCGCCGGAGAUCAUGUUGACAUUUAAGGAAUACACCAAGGCGAUCGACGUAUGGUCUGUGGGCUGCAUUUUGGCGGAGAUGCUGAGUGGCAAGCCGCUCUUCCCUGGCAAGGACUAUCACCACCAGCUAACCCUGAUUCUCGACGUUCUGGGAACGCCAACAAUGGAGGAUUACUAUGGCAUCAAGUCUCGCCGCGCCAGAGAAUACAUUCGAUCCCUACCCUUCAAGAAGAAGGUCCCGUUCAGGACCCUCUUCCCCAAGACAUCAGACCUGGCCCUUGACCUUCUCGAGAAGCUUUUGGCCUUCAAUCCGGUUAAGCGCAUUACGGUGGAGGAGGCGCUGAAGCAUCCGUAUCUAGAGCCGUAUCAUGAUCCCGAGGACGAGCCCACGGCACCACCUAUCCCCGAGGAGUUUUUCGACUUUGACAAGCACAAGGAUAAUCUGAGCAAGGAGCAGCUGAAGCAGCUGAUCUACCAGGAAAUUAUGAGGUAA